UUCCGUUAGGCAAAAUUUGUGGAACAACCGUGAGAGGGUCCUUCUGUUGUUCACACGGAAACUAACCCCAAUGACCGAUGUUUGUUAUGCUACAUUAGCAGUAUGCCUGCUGAACGCAAGCGCUCCGUAAACAUGGACGAGAAAGACGUUUGCACCUUCAAUAGCAAGGAAAAAGAGAAGGACAGAGAUGGCGAGAGAAGACCGGCAUCUGCCCGAGACAAAGCAAAAGAUGAGGCCAAAGUGAGCGGCAAAAAAGACAGCGGCAAGGAGGAGAAGAGAAAGCGCCUCGAGGAGGAGAAGAAGAAGAAAGAGGAAAAGGAGCGAAGAAAGAAAGAGGAGGAAAAGCAGAAAGCGGAGGAGGAGCAGAAGAAGAAAGAGGAGGAGGAGAAGAGACAGCAGGAGGAGGAGGAGCGGAAGCUUCAAGAGGAGGAGGUCAAAAGGCAACGUGAGGAGGAGGCAGCUCUCCUCAAGGAAAAGGAGGAGGGGCAUCAGCUGCACCAGGAGGCCUGGGAACGCAAUCAGUGCAGGAAGGAACUCCGCAGCAAGAACCAGAACGCCCAAGAGGGUCGGCCCGAAGAGGCCUUCUUCAGCCGACUGGACUCCAGCCUUAAAAAGAACACCGCCUUUGUCAAGAAGCUGCGUACGCUCACCGAACAGCAACGAGACUCGCUCUCCAAUGACUUUGCCUCACUGAACCUCAGCAAGUAUAUCGGCGAGGCUGUGAGCUCUGUCGUGGAGGCCAAGCUGAAGAUCUCCGACGUCGGCUGCGCCGUCCAUCUCUGCUCCCUCUUCCACCAGCGGUACGCUGAGUUCGCUCCAUUGCUGCUCCAGGCGUGGAAGAAGCACUUUGAAGCGAGGAAGGAGGACAAGGCGCCCAACGUGAGCAAGCUGCGCACCGACCUGCGCUUUAUCGCCGAGCUCACCAUCGUCGGCCUCUUCACCGACAAAGAAGGGCUUUCGCUGAUUUACGAGCAGCUGAAGAACAUUAUCGGGACCGACCGGGAGACGCACACUCACGUGUCGGUGGUAAUCAGCUUCUGUAAGCACUGUGGGGAUGACAUCGCUGGCCUGUUGCCCCGCAAGGUGAAACUAGCUGCAGAGAAGUUCGGUUUGGGCUUCCCACCGAGCGAGAUAAUCAGCACGGAGAAACAGCAGCCCUUCCAGAACCUGCUACGGGAGUACUUCACAUCACUCACCAAACACCUGAAGAAGGACCACCGGGAGCUGCAGAACACUGAGAGGCAGAACAGGCGUAUCCUACAUUCCAAAGGGGAGCUGAGUGAGGAUAGGCACAAGCAGUAUGAAGAGUUUGCCACUUCCUACCAGAAGCUGCUGGCGAACACCCAGUCCCUGGCUGAUCUGCUGGAUGAAAACAUGCCCGAGCUGCCCGUGGACAAGACUGUGCAGGAGGAGCACGGCCCCGGCAUUGACAUUUUCACCCCUGGAAAGCCCGGAGAGUAUGACCUGGAGGGAGGGAUCUGGGAAGAUGAAGACGCUCGUAACUUCUACGAGAACUUGGUGGACCUGAAGGCCUUCGUCCCUGCCAUCCUCUUCAAGGACAACGAGAAGAGCAGCCAAGGGAAAGACAAGGAUGAAGCCAAAGAUGGCAAAGAGGGGAAAGACGCGGCCAGCACCACAGAGGAGCUGGAGCUGGAGCUGGAGGCUCUGGACAUCGCAGAUGAACCUAUGGAACUGGAGGGACCAGACGAGGCAGAGAAUGAAGAACUGGCCAAAAAACUGCUGGAUGAGCAAGAACAAGAGGAUGAAGAGGCCAACACAGGGUCCCAUUUGAAGCUAAUCGUGGACGCCUUCAUCCAACAGCUCCCCAACUGUGUCAACAGAGACCUCAUAGACAAGGCUGCCAUGGACUUCUGCAUGAACAUGAACACCAAAUCCAACAGGAGGAAGCUCGUCCGAGCCCUCUUCACUGUCCCCAGGCAGAGGUUGGAUCUUCUGCCCUUCUACUCUCGCCUGGUGGCAACCCUUCAUCCCUGCAUGUCAGACGUGGCUGAGGACCUUUGCUCCAUGCUGAAGGGAGACUUCAGGUUUCACAUGCGGAAGAAGGACCAAAUCAACAUUGAGACAAAAAACAAAACAGUCAGAUUUAUCGGGGAACUGGCCAAGUUCAAAAUGUACUCAAAAACGGACACGCUUCAUUGUCUCAAGAUGCUGCUGUCUGAUUUCACUCAUCACCAUAUAGAGAUGGCCUGCACACUGCUGGAGACCUGCGGCCGCUUCCUCUUCAGAUCCCCCGAAUCUCACCUGCGUACCAGCGUCUUGCUGGAGCAAAUGAUGCGUAAAAAGCAGGCCCAGCAUCUGGACGCCCGCUAUGUCACGAUGGUGGAGAACGCCUACUACUACUGCAACCCCCCACCCAUGGAGAAGACGGUGAAGAAGAAGAGGCCCCCGCUGCAGGAGUACAUCCGCAAGCUGCUCUACAAGGACCUGUCCAAGGUCACCACGGAGAAGGUGCUGCGGCAGAUGCGCAAGCUGCCCUGGCACGACCCCGAGGUCAAGAGCUACCUGAUCUGCUGCAUGGUCAACAUCUGGAACGUCAAGUACAACAGCAUCCACUGUGUGGCCAACCUGCUGGCCGGCCUGGUGGCCUACCAGGAGGACGUGGGCAUCCACGUGGUGGACGGAGUGCUGGAGGACAUCCGACUGGGCAUGGAGGUCAACCAGCCCAAGUUCAACCAGCGGCGGAUCAGCAGCGCCAAGUUCCUGGGCGAGCUCUACAACUACCGCAUGGUGGAGUCGGCCGUCAUUUUCCGCACCCUCUUCUCCUUCAUCUCCUUUGGGAUCAAUCAGGAUGGCAGCCCCAGCGCGCUGGACCCUCCGGAGCACCUGUUCCGCAUCCGCCUGGUCUGCACUCUGCUGGAUACCUGCGGCCAGUACUUUGACCGAGGCUCCAGCAAGAGGAAGCUGGACUGUUUCCUCAUCUACUUCCAGCGGUACAUCUGGUGGAAAAAGAGCAUUGAUGUUUGGACCAAGGACCACCCAUUCCCCAUCGACAUUGACUACAUGAUCACUGACACCCUGGAGCUGCUCAGGCCCAAGAUGAGGCUCAGCUGCUCCUUGGAGGAGGCCACCAAACAGGUCACCGACCUGGAGAGGGAGGUGCUCUACAAACUAGGUCUGGCCAUGGAGAAGGACGGUCGCUCCAGUGCCAUGAGCGAGGGCGAGGUUCUCGACGAGGAAGACGACGAUGGCGAUGACGACGAAGAGGGAGGUGCAGAGACUGAGGAGCAGUCGGGCAACGAGAGUGAAAUGAACGAACAGGAAGAGGAUGAAGGGUCUGAGAACGAAGAAGAGGAGAGGGAGGAAGAGGAAGAAGAGAACACCGACUACCUGACCGACUCCAAUAAAGAAAAUGAGACUGAUGAGGACAACAAUGAGGUGACCAUCCGCGGCGGUGGACUGAAGCACGUGGCCUGCGCCGAGGACGAGGACUUCAUUCAGGCUCUGGAUAAAAUGAUGCUGGAGAACCUGCAGCAGCGCAGCGGCGAGACGGUGAAGGUGCACCAGCUGGACGUGGCCAUUCCACUGCAGCUGAAGAGUCAGCUGAAGAAGGGGGGCUCCAGAGAGCAGUGCAUCGGGGAGGCAGACUCGGACAUCUCCGACACCAUGCAGUUCGUCAUGCUGACACGCAAGGGCAACAAGCAGCAGUAUAAGAUCCUGAACGUGCCUCUGUCAUCCCACCUGGCGGCAAACCACUUCAACCAGCAGCAAGCCGAACAGGAGGAGCGCAUGAGGAUGAAGAAACUCACCCUGGACAUCAAUGAGAGACAGGAGCAGGAGGACUACCAGGAGAUGAUGCAGUCCCUCGCACAGCGUCCGGCUCCGGCCAACACCAACCGGGAGCGCCGGCCUCGCUACCAGCACCCGAAAGGCGCUCCCAACGCCGACCUCAUCUUCAAGACCGGAGGAAGGAGACGCUGAUUGGAGUCCGGGUCCGGGCUGAACGAGCGAGCAAGCGAGAGAGCGAAUGAACAAGCGAGAGAGAAAGAGGGAGAGAGAAAAAGAAGAUCGGAAGGGAUAACCCGGUCUAAACAGGGAACGAGUCCUCCAGACGCCCACCCUGAAGCUGGGACAGACCAAAACCCCUGACCUGAACGCACACUUCUUACCCUGCCGAGGAGACAGAACCGGGGGAGGUCAGAGGUCAGGGGUCAGACAGUUGGCUCUCUUUUCGUUCUUUUUUUUUUGUCUGUUGCCUGAGAUGACAAAAAAAA